UCUUAGGACUGCUUUUGCUGUGUCCCAAAUGAGUCGGUAUGGUGUGUUUUCAUUUUUAUUUGUCUCCAGAUAAUAUUUGAUUUCUUCUUUAAUUUCUUCUCCAAGGACAGGCCUUUUAAUCCUGACAGUUCUAUUCAGUACACCGCCUAGCACAUAGCUCAAGUACUUAUUGAAAUAUUAAAUGAAGGGAUCCAUUUCUCUUUCCUUUGUGCUGUCUCAGAACUUUGUGACUUAAGAGUAAUUCUUCUUGGUACCUGCACCUUCGCCAUUCUCCAUGACCCUUCCUAACAUGUUCACCAUCAUUCUUAAUUUAUAGUGUCAACCAAGAUUGUCCUGGGCCUUAACUCAUUCUGUAAUAAAAAGGGCAAGUGCCUUAGAGUUGGGCAACCCUAGGUUCAUGUCUUGACUUUGCUAUUUACCAGUUUGGGGCCUUAAGCAAAUUACUUAAUGUUCAAGAACCUCAGUUUCCUCAUCUGUAAGAUGGGGAUCAUAAUACUUUCCUCAUGGUGUUAUUGUCAAGGACCAGUAAAUAGUAUUUUUAAAGUGCCUUCCACAGUAGGUCUUUCUUAAGUGCAAAUUCCCUUCUUUUGGGAGGCCCCAUGGCAUAAUAGAAAGAGCUAAAUACUUUGGUUGCACAGCCUAGUUUUGCUGCCUGCUGGCUGUGUAUCUCUGGUCAGUUUAUGAUUCUCAGUAGCCUCGUUUGGAAAAUGGCCUGAUAGUCUUUAUAGAAGUGUUAGGAAAAUUAUAUAAAAUUUAUGUUAAAUAUCCAGCUAGUGCUUGGCAUCUAGUAGGUGCUUAAUAAAAUAGUGAUUAUUAUUCCAAGAAGUAAUAAUUUCUAUAGUGUUUUUCUUGCUUUCUACAUUCCACAAGCACUAUUUAUUAUCCCUAUUGUUGCUCCUAACAUUAUUACUAAAGGUUAAAUUGAUUUAGGUGAUACUUACAUUUUCUCUUUCACAUGCUGAAAAAAUCCUGAAUCAUACAUCUAUAAAUGUACCUCACCUACAGAAGCUCUCUUUUAGUCUGUUUUCUUUACAGUGCUACACUCCCUGCCAACUUGUCUUCAAAAACUUGUAUUUAUAUUCUAAGCACGUUUUCCCCGUGUAACAUUAGCAUUGUCUACCUCAGGAGCUCUCCGAAGAGCUGGAAUUCAGAAGGAAUCUCUUAGACACAGAACUCCAUCCCCUCCCUGUCUCAACAGGGCAGCCUUUUCAGACUCUCUCUGCCCAGAAUGUCAGGAAAGUCCACAGUCUUGGCCUCCCAUGCCCCUAGAAAACAAGAAGGACUUAUAACUGUGAAGGUUGAAGAGGAGAAUUAUGUUUGGGGACGAGACUUCGGCCUUCAGGGAAACGCCUGUAGCCAGGAGACCCUCCGUCGGCAGUUCCGGCAGUUCGGUUACUCUGACUCUGCUGGGCCCCGGGAGGCUCUGAGCCGGCUCCGGCAGCUUUGCCGUCAGUGGCUGAGGCCAGAGGUGCACACUAAGGAGCAGAUCCUGGAGCUGCUGGUGCUGGAGCAGUUCCUGGCCAUCCUGCCUGAGGAGCUGCAGGCCUGGCUGCGAGAUCACCGACCAGAGGAUGGAGAGGAAGCCGUGACUAUGCUGGAGGACCUGGAGAAAGAGCUCGAUGAACCAAGGCAACAGGACACAGCUCAUGGCCAAGGAAUGAUCUGGAACGAAAUGACAUCCAUGGGAGCACUGAAGUCUUUGAGUAGCCAGUUCCAGCCCUCGGAGAACCAGUGCAAGAGUGAGACUCAGGAGCCCCAAGCUUUCCAUGAGAGAGAUGGUAAACUGGUGGCUGACAAGGUAUUGACAGCAAAGCAGGAAAUAACUGAAUAUGUAGCAUCAGCAGCCAUGAUAUCCCCAGGAAGACUUGCUGGGAAAACUCCUUCAGGACAGACAGUUGAAGAAGCUCUGGGAGGUCUGGACAACUUUGAGAAGCCAAAAGGAAAUGCUGCAAAGAACAAAAUGAGUCAGCUUCCUUCCCAGGAAAGAUAUUUUAGUCUGGCAACCUUCAACAAGAAAAUCUCCAAAGAACAGAGUGUCAUUGAAUAUAAUGAAAGUGAAGGAAAUCUAAGUUUGAACUCAAAUGUUAUCAUGAGACGGAGAAUUCACACUGGGGACAAGCUCUAUGAGUGUCUUGACUGUGGGAAAGCCUUUUGCCAGAGCUCAAAGCUGAUUAGACAUCAGAGAAUUCAUACUGGAGAGAGACCUUAUGCAUGUAAAGAAUGUGGCAAAGCCUUCAGUUUGAGCUCAGACCUUGUUAGACAUCAGAGAAUUCAUAGUGGUGAAAAACCCUAUGAAUGUUGUGACUGUGGAAAAGCUUUCAGAGGCAGCUCAGAGCUCAUUAGGCAUCGGAGAAUUCACACAGGAGAGAAACCUUACGAAUGCAGUGAAUGUGGGAAAGCCUUCAGCCGGAGCUCAGCCCUUAUUCAGCAUAAGAAAAUUCACACUGGAGACAAAGGCUAUGAAUGUCCUGAAUGUGGUAAGGCUUUUGGUAGAAGCUCUAUUCUUAUUGAACAUCAAAGAAUUCACACUGGAGAGAAACCUUAUGAAUGCAAUGAAUGUGGAAAAUCCUUCAAUCAGAGCUCAGCCCUCACCCAGCACCAGAGAAUCCACACUGGGGAGAAGCCUUAUGAAUGUAGAGAAUGUAGGAAAACAUUUAGGCAUAGGUCAGGCCUUAUGCAACAUCAGAGAACUCACACCAGAGUUUAACUCUGUGCUAAGAAUUGUACAGUUGUGAAAUACUAGGAAUUCACUUCAGGGGUGAGACUUCACAGAAGAUAGAAAUUUCCUGAGAGCAGAAUUUCUGUCCUUCCAGUCCAGUUCAGUACUGUAAGAGUAGAUCCAUGCAAAGAUUGUUGAAGUGUUGAAUGGGCACUUCCACAGUGAGUCCAGGAUUGAGGCAGAGAUCCUGGAGGAGCUCCUUAUAAGAUGGACUAAGAGGUGAUGCCUCCAAUGGCAAAGAUCCUGCUCAGAAAGUGCAUUUGGCAGUUGGAGGCACAUGCUGAGAGUUACUCAGUUGUCUAAAAUGUUGAAUUGGGAGGUUGUGAAAUGUUGAAUUAUGCCCUGGAUCAGUUUAGCAAGAUCUGGGGAAUGGUAGCUCAUUCUGCCCCCUUGCCAGUUCUCUCCUCAGCCCUGACCUUCCUGCUAAGGUCAGCUGAGGUCUUUUUGAGCAUCUACUAUGUGCCACCCAUUGGGAGCAGACAUGGCCAUUGCCCUCCCAGAGUUAAGGGGUAAUGAGAUAUAUGUAUUUAUUAAGCAGAUAUUUACAGUAAAGCCUGAUAAGUGCUUUGGUAGGAUAAAUCCAGGAUUCUGUCUAAAUACAGGGCAGGGGUACCAAACCUGGUCUAUGAGUCACUAAAGUCUUCCUGGAUGUGAUGACAUCUCAGUUGUGAUGCAAAAGGUAGGUAGAAGUUAGCCAGCUCAAGGGCAAGAGGGAAGAGAACAUUAUAGGCAGAGGUUACAGCCUGUACAAUGACAUGAAGAUGGAAGGAUCUAGAAAUGUCCCUUCAUCAGGACUCUUCUCUCGGGCAGGAAAUGGUUCUCAUAGACCCUGGUUCAGAAUCCAGGACAUGUGUUUAUUCCUUUCUUCCUGUUUAUAACCACUGAGUUGAACAGCCUAUCCCAGACCCAGAAGACUGGUACGUCCUAUGGAAAAAGACAUGAAUGUACACCAAGGAAAGAAUACAUAUUGGAGGCUAAAGGGAUGGUGGUGACUGGAGUGUUUGUGUCCCAUCACCCUGGGGCCCAGGAAAUAGGAAGCCGACAGGAACACUAGCAGGAAUGGGAGGUCUGCCUUCCCAGGCCCCACUAUUCCUCAUUCCCUGUCCCCUCCCCUUAUCACCAGGCUUGCAGAUGCUAUGCUACUUGAGGACAAUGAAUAUUUGUUGAAUUACCCCCUCAGAACUCAACUUCUCUGCUAAUUUUUAUUUUCACAGUUUUAAUUAAUCCACAAUUAAUUGACAAUUAAUACCUAAGAGAAAGUUUGAUUCCUCUUCUGAGAUGUCUUGAUUUCCCUUGUAGGUAGUGUGACUUCUGAAGAAGACUUGAUGAUCACAGCUGUUGUGGGUAACGGGAGGUGAAAUUGGGGGGACAGUCUUUGUGUCCAAAGAUUGUGGGAUUAUCAUUGAGUGAGGUUAAUUAGAAGUCUAAAGAGAGCCUGCAAAUGGAUAGAGUUGCCUUUUCCUAUAGGUGACAAUCAGAUGAUUUCAUAUUUUUAAUAUCAUUUAAUAGUUUUUUUCCGGACUGUGAAUUAAUUGUAAAUGUUGAUAAUACAGAAAAUGAGGAAGUAUAAAUCACCCACAAUUCUACCACCCUUAGACACAUUGUUAACAUUUUGGAGUACCUUCUAUUAGUGUUUUUCCCCCAAUCCUAAUAUUUUUGGUAAAAACCUUGUUUUGUAAAUCAUGUUUAGUAACUGAUUUUAACAUUUAUACUUUGAGUAUAUACUUCAACUGUUUAGUAUUAGAAUGUAAUGUAAGAUGUACUGUAAUAAAACUUGAGUUUUAAAGUUUUGCUUUGAUAUUCAUUCAGGAAUAGGGAGCAUGAUGACGAGUGGACAUGUGCUGGGAGAAUCGGGGAAGGAGCUGUGGGAGGAAGUCAGGGAACUGACGUUCUGAGCUUUUAUCCCCUGGGGAAAAAUGUAUCUGGAAACUGAUGGCUGGUCCCUGGAGGUGCAGUUCACCAGGUGAAGUCACAAAAUUGAGGGGAUAUCUGGGGCUGCAUUGUGGUUCAAAGACCAUGGGAAUGAGAGCAAACAGCCUCUUUAAAAACAUAUCCAUUCUGUCUACCAGAAUGAGGACUCUUGCUCACCUUUGGGAGCAGGAGCCUGAGACUGCCAUGGGCUUCUCCUCCUCUCAGUAGAAACACAUGCACAGAAAAAGCCAUGACCCUUAUCUGUGAUCAUUUGUGCCAGCCAACAAGACAGCUGCAAAUGAUAGUUACUGAGUAGCAGUGUCUUGUUGCAGCCCAUCAGAAUGCAGCGGGUGGGUGAGUCUAAGUGGGGUCUGUCCAGGGAGCUCACCCCUCCUCUUGACUUUGCACAAAUGCUCUGCAGGUUGGUUUCUCCUGCAUGCGAAAUUAUUCUAAUUGGCACUCUCCCUUGCUCUAAGGAUUCACUUUAUGGAGCAAGCGGAGCAAAGGAGUUUACAGGGAAGCUUGGAGAGACCAAGGUCAGAUUUGCUUUAAAUUUCCAAUCCCAGAUGGAUGGUGGUAACUCCAGCCUAUGGAAAUAAGGAAAGAGAAGAGGAGGGGUAGGAAACUGGUAUUUAUUAAGCACCUUGCCUAAAUUACCCAUUAUUUUAAAAUACGUGAAUCUGUGCAAAAUCCAGUUAAGGCAGACAUUGUUUUCCCCUGGACUGCCUCUAUACCAAGAGAAAGAGAGCCCUGAGCAGAAGGGCAUGAAUUACUUUUCCUCCAGCAAGGCUGUGAAGGAGAAAACAAUUACCUUUAACAUCUACCUUCUAUCUGUGCCCCUCCAUUUCAUAAACACACAGAAUGUUGAAGCUUUAACUGUAAGAGAUCAUCUACUUCGGCUCCUUUAAACUGAGGGUCCAGAGUCAUGAGGUGACUUGCUUACGGUUGCGGGAUUCAUGGAAAAGCACUAACAAGAACAAGUGUCUCCACUUGAAAGCUACUGCUUCUCUUAAUUAUAAAUCUCCUUCGUACUUGCACAGAGAUUUAUAAUUUGCAGAAGACUUUUUUGUAUACGAGUGUAAGAUGAGUACAUCUGCCACUGUCAUUCACCAAUGGGGAAACUGAGGAUCAGAGUUAGCAAGUUAGCUAAUCUCUUAGGACUUGGAAGGGGCAGAGAUGUUAUAGAAAGCAUAUGUUUUUCUUAAUAUUUCUUGACUAUCCUGGGCUUCCAUCCCCCUUUUAACCUUUUCCCUCUAAUUUUAGAAGUUUUAGAUAUUUAUUGUAGGAAAAUUUGGAAAACAGAGAAAAAAAUUAAAUCACCUAUAAUCUUAUCAACCCAAGAUAACCAGUAUAGCACUUUGAAAUUAUAUACUUCCAGUAUUUUUUAUGCAUAAAUAUAUUUUUACAUGGAAUCAUACUGUACGUAUCAUCUUAAACUUUUACUUAAGAUAUGAAUGCUUUGUCAUCUUUUAAAUUAAUCAAUAUCGCUUUUAACAGCUUUUAAGACUUUGUAUACAUUCAUGAUGGUUUCUGAAGCAUACAGUUCCAGGUAGAAUUUUAAAGUCAAAAGGCAAUGCUUAAGGCUUCUGGUACCGAUUGCCAGAUAGUAUCUAUUCACAUCUCACCAGCAGCAUUAGAGUCCCAAUUUCCCUGAAUCUUUAUUAAUUUUAUGAGGGAAAAAAAGUGCCAUCUCGACUCUUGCUUUAAUAUACACCUUUAAUUCUAGCAAGGCUGAACAUUUAUUGUCCAUUGGCAUUUCUUCUUUUGUGAUUUGCCUAUUUAACUACCAUUUUUUCUAGUGGGACUUUUUCAUGGGGAGACAGUAUAGAGAAGUGGCUCCAUAGAGGGCUCUGGAUUCCUACUGGGUUCAAAGUCUGACCUCACCACUUCUUAGCUAUAUGACUUUGAGUAAGCCACGACUCCAAGCCUUCAUUUCCUCAUCUGAAAAAUAAUGGGCUGUAGUGAGAAAUUACUAACACAUAUAUACAAAGCCCUUAGCAAGUACCUAUUACAUUGCUCAUCCAUACAUGCAAGAACUCUCUAUAAAGAAAGAAUCCCUUUUGUAAUAUAUGUUGUACCAAUUCCUACUUCAUGUCUGUCCUACCCUUUUCAGUUUGUUUGGGUCAUGGUGGAAGAGGAAAAGAACAGUUGAACAGCUCUUAACACGUUGUUACACUUUACUAUCUUUUCCAAAUGACCCUAUCCCUUCCUUUUUUCAUUCUCUCUAAGCAUGGGCAUUUAGCCCUUCUGCCAUCUUGCUGGUUAGUACAUGCCCAACAGGAGCAUCACUUUCUUUCUUUCUAUCAAGAAAACUCUUCUUUUCCUAUGCACAAGAUUCUAGAUUUUUAUAUUUUUUGGUAAGGUGUGUCAUAACUCCCACCCAUUAGGUAUUCUGAAUAACAUGUUUUUCUGUUGCUGACUGACCUAUACACAUUUCUGCCUUGCACUGAGAAGCGCCAGUCUAAGGACACUUUUCCCAGUGGGUCCUUCGGAAGGUAGUCUCUGGAUGGACCAUGACUGUUACUUUCUGUUGUCACUUCCGUUUAGCAUUAUCUUUAGCAAAAUUCACAACUGAAAUACUGAUAGAAAACUGAACAUGUGCAAGGUGCCUGGAGAAUAACAGUCACAGACCCAGCAACAAGAAUUUUUGACCAGCUGAGCCCAAGGGAGUGUACUAGGAACUGUGGGGGGAUAUACAGCCCCAGAAACAAUAUGGCAGCCAUGGCAACUGCUGACCCAGAACCUUGGGAGUUAGAAGGAAUCUGACAGCAGCUCUGAUACGCUUCUAAGAACCAAAGGAGUCCUUAUAUCUGCAACAAGGAGACUUAGAACUCAGACUCUUCAUCUCUAGGCUGGGCUCUUUCUCACCAGCUACCCCCGCCCCGAUGAAGUUCUAGCCUACCUUGUAGGCUGGGCAAGGAAACAUUAGCCCUUUCCCUGGAGUCACACCAGACCAAGACAAAGCUCCUUAUAUCACACCGUCAUCUACAAACUUCAGGUUUUGUCUACUAACAGAAACUUCUCCACUGACUCAUAUUUUGUUAUAGGUACAACUUCAGAGAUUCUGGCUUAUCCACGCUUCUCUUACAGACAUUACUCCACUUCAAAGGAACCCAACCAGAGUGUUCCACACAAAGCAGCCAUUUAAUUUCCAGAUGUGCUAGACUUUCUUGCUAGCCUUUGUCUGUUGUUCCCUCUACUGAGAACAUUGUUCCCUGGCCUGCCUACCUCCUUGGUUAACCCCUACUUAUCUUUCAGAUCAUUUUUCUCAGCAGCCUUCCCUGAUCCAAGGCUGUGUCUGGUACUCCUCAAUGUCACACAGCACUGAUCAUUCCAGUGUCACUGCCUGUCUGCCUUGCCCAUUAAACUGUAGAGAUUAUGUUCUAUUUUCCAUUGUAUCCCUAGUGCAUGGCACAAAGCAGGCACUAGGUACUCAAAAAAUAACUUGGAUAAAUUAAUUUGUAUUCUUUUUUCUACCUCAUUUCUGGCCUGCCCUGGGCUCAACAAAUCACUGAUAACACCGUUUCCUCAUCUGUCUUGCUGCCCUGUCACUGUUCUUAAUUGGUCAGUAAAAUUUUUGAGUCCCCGGGACAAAAUGUCCCUUAUACCGUCCAUACCAUCCCCCAAACCUGGAACACUGACAAUGGGACGCAGUGACAGAGCCUAGGUUGCUGUACCUUCUUCAUGACAUUCUUAUGGAAAAUGAGGUUUCAAUGUUACAUUCUCAUUUUUCUUAUUUCCUGAGUAUUCCUAAUGGUAAGAGAAAAGCUGGAAGCAAUGAUUCUCCCAUCUGCUGUUCUGAAUAGCCACAGGAAAAGCUUUCAAGGGACAAUUUGCAUUAGCAUUAGGAAGUGCUGCACAAAGCAAGUUAGAUUGACUCAAGACCUAGUAGUAUUAUGGAGUCUUGCUCCAAAGUAAACCCUUCUGACUAACAAAGAUAUAAAUCUGACUGAAGUAUUUACAAUAUUCACA